AUGGAAGAUGAGUUUAAUGUAACGUAUAUAACUCUUGGAGGGCAUGUAGAAGUGCACAAAUACAGAUAUCUUUUUGUCAUCAUGUUCACAGUGUAUAUUCUGAUCAUUUGCAGCAAUUCCAUUAUCCUGUGUCUCAUCUGUAUUCACAAAAGCCUCCAUGAGCCAAUGUACAUUUUCAUUGCUGCCUUGUUACUGAAUUCUAUUCUCUUUAGCACUGCUAUCUACCCAAAGCUUCUGAUGGACUUUCUAUCUGAAAAACAGACCAUAUCUUAUCCACUCUGCCGUUUUCAAAUUCUGUAUUACUCUCUUGGUGGAGCAGAUUUCUUACUGCUGUCAGCCAUGGCUUAUGACAGGUAUGUGUCUAUAUGUAAACCUCUACAAUACUCAACUAUCAUGACAACAAAAACUAUUAUAAUUUUUCUGGUUUUGGCUUGGCUGUUGCCUGCUGCUGAGCUUUCCGGAUCAGUUCUGAUUGCAUAUAAUAGGAAACUCUGUAAAUUUAUUUUGAUAGAUUUUUGUAACAACGGAAUUACCAAACUUGGUUGUGUGAGCUCAGUAGCUUCCUAUAUAUAUGGUAUAGUCAUUAUGAUGAAUAUUGCAGUUGUGCCUAUCCUCUUCAUAGUUUUCACAUACGCAAAGAUACUUGUAAUAACCUACCGGAGUUCUGCAGAUGCCAAGAAAAAAGCCGCCCAGACAUGUGUACCACAUCUACUGGUUUUAAUCAGCUUCUCCACCUUGAGUGUAUUUGAUGUUAUCAGCAACAGAAUGGAAUCUGCAAUGCCAAAGUCUGUACAAUUAAUAAUGUCUUUACAACUGAUUAUAUAUCAUCCUCUAUUUAACCCAAUCAUAUAUGGGCUAAAAAUGAAAGAAAUUUCUAAACAGCUCAAGAUUUUAUCCUCCUUCUCCAUCCACCUCUCUGUGCCCCUCGUCCGCCUCAGCACCAUGGGGAGCAGAGCCUUCAGCCACUCUGCUCCCAAACUCUGGAACUCACUCCCCCCGGACAUCCGCAACAUCGACUCUUUCCCUCUGUUCAAAUCUAGACUCAAAACUCACCUGUUUAAAGCUGCGUACUCCCUGUAA